AUGCCUCUUGUAUUUCUUAAACGCUCGGUAUAUACAGCUAUAAAAUCAAUCAGUGAACCAAUCUAUUCAUCUCCUAUUCCAUCGACUACGACUACGACUACGACUACAACAGCAUCAGGUCGAAUGCAAGCAUGGAUUAUUUAUUACUAUGGUAAUAAUCAACAAUUUACUAUCUCCGAUAGUGUACAAUUACUAAUUAUACUUUCACCAAACGAUGUUCUUAUUAAAGUUUCAGCAAGUAGUAUUAAUCAAAUAGAUAUUCGAAGACGAGAGGGUUAUGGUGGUAAAUUAAUUAAUGCAUAUCAAUCAAUGAAAGCUAUUUUACAAUUAGGAGGUAGUAAAGUUGAUAAAUUAGAAUUUCCUAUUAUAUUAGGUCGUGAUUUUUGCGGUGAAAUCAUUCGAAAAGGACCUAAUGUCACAAAAUUCAAUAUUGGAGAUAAAGUUUAUGGAGCAUUGAAUGUAAUACGACAAGGUAGUUUUGCUCAAUAUUGUGCUGCUGGAGAAGAUGAAAUUUGUAUAAAACCAAACAAUAUAUCAGAUGAAGAAGCAGCUGCAUUACCACUUGUUUCAUUAACAAGUUGGUAUGCUAUUCAAAAAUUUAGUGGUUUCAAUGAACAAAAUGCAUUAGGAAAAAGAGCAUUAGUUAUUGGUGCUAGUGGUGGUGUUGGUCAUAUAGCAACUCAAUUAUUCAAAAAUCUCGGAAUGGAAACAACUGCUUUAUGUAGUGCAGAUUCAUUUGAUUAUAUUCGACAAAUAGGUGCUGAAGAUACAGUUAAUUAUAAACAAAAAGAUUGGCUUACUGAAUUAAGUCAAAAACCAAAAUAUGAUAUUAUCUUUGAUACAGUCGGUCCUCGUUAUUAUAGUUUUGAAUUAAUGAGUCCUUUGUUAAAUCAAGGUGGUACAUUUGUUACAAUCAUUACGCCAGUUUUUCGUAAUGUUGAUAAAUAUGGCCUUGUCUCUGGUCUUUCGCGUACAGCAUAUAAAGCUGUUAAACAAACUUUAUAUGGUUUAUCAAAUGGUGUUAAUUAUCGUUGGGCAGCUUAUAGUGCUGAUGGAAAUGUUCUUAGUAAAAUAAAAACUCUUGUUGAACAAAAUAAACUAAAAGUUAAAAUUGAUUCACAAAAAUUCUCAUUUGAACAAAUUCCUGAAGCAAUCUCUUAUGUUGAAAAUGGUUCUGCCAAAGGCAAAGUUGUAAUUAAAUAUAGUAGUGUUUUAUAA